UUCAACCCAGCAGCGCACUGGAUCUGUCUGUGGUGACCUAGGUCCCGUGAAUCCAGGUCAUCUCGGACCCUAAGGAAUCCCGCACUAAAUGCUAGAAGUUGCCUGGGAGAGAGGACAGCAGCAGAAGAGAAAUGGCGGCUGCACAAAAGUUGCCACAACGUAGAAGGCUGGCCCUGCUGUGCCUUCUUUGGGCGGCCCUCUGGAAGGCCGGAGCUGGGCAGUUACGCUAUUCUGUGCCAGAAGAGAUCGACAAAGGCUCCUUUGUGGGCACCAUCGCCAAGGACUUGGGUUUGGAGCCGCCGGCACUGGCGGAGCGCGGAGCCCGCAUCGUCUCCAGAGGUAGGACGCAGCUUUUUGCUUUGAACCCCAGAAGCGGCAGCUUGGUCACCGCGGGCAGGAUAGACCGGGAGGAGCUGUGCGCUCAGAGCGCGCGGUGCUUGGUGAAUUUUAACAUCCUACUGGAAGAUAAACUGAAUAUUUAUUCGGUGGAGGUGGAAAUAACAGAUGUUAAUGAUAAUGCCCCUCGCUUUGGAGUAGAAGAACUAGAACUAAAAAUCAGUGAAACAACCACACCGGGAUUCCGUAUUCCUGUAAAGAGUGCGCACGAUGCGGAUGUCGGAGCAAACACCCUCCAGAAAUACCAACUUAACCCGAAUGAACACUUCUCCCUGGACGUGCGAAAGGGAUUGGAUGGGAACAUGUAUCCGGAGUUGGUGCUGGAGCGCGCGCUGGACCGCGAGGAAGAGGCCGUUCACCAUCUGGUUCUUACUGCUUUGGAUGGGGGCAACCCGUUGCGAUCUGGCACCGCCCGCAUCCGCGUGGCAGUCCUGGAUGGAAAUGACAAUGCGCCUAUUUUUACACAACCCGAGUACCGUGUGAGUGUUCCGGAGAAUAUGCCUGCAGGCACCUGGAUACUCACGGUGACCGCCACUGAUGCAGAUGAGGGAUACAACGCUCAAGUGGCAUAUUUUCAAGAGAAAACCCCUGAAGGAACCUCAGACAUAUUUGAGCUUACAUCGACCUCUGGAGAAAUUACACUUAAAAAAAGUCUAGAUUAUGAGAACGCCAAAUACCAUGAAAUUGAUGUUGAAGCCCAGGAUGGGCCAGGCCUUCUGUCCAGAGCAAAGGUUACUGUCACAGUUCUGGACGUGAAUGACAACGCUCCAGAAUUCUACAUGACCUCUGCUAGUAGCUCAGUGCCUGAAAAUUCUCCUCCAGGAACUGUAAUUGCACUUUUUAAUGUGCAUGAUGGAGACUCUGGACAGAAUGCAUUUAUCACAUGUUCACUCUUGGAUGACCUUCCUUUCAAGUUAGAAAAAUCAGUGGACAAUUACCACCGACUGGUUACAACCAGAGCCCUGGACAGGGAACAGUCUUCCUCUUACAAUAUCACUGUGAUCGCUAAAGAUGGAGGGACCCCAUCUCUGUCUACAAAUGCUUACAUUUUGCUACAGGUGACAGACAUCAACGACAACCCUCCCACCUUCCUCCAGACGUCCUACUCCACCUACAUUCCUGAAAACAAUCUCAGAGGCUCCUCCAUCUUUUCCAUGACAGCACAUGAUCCCGAUUGCGACGACAAUGCCCAAAUAACUUAUAACUUGGUGGAGGAUACCCUGCAUGGGGCACUGCUGUCGUCCUACAUCUCCAUCAACUCUGACACGGGAGUCCUCUAUGCUCUGCGUUCCUUUGACUAUGAGCAAUUCCGGGAACUGCAGUUACAGGUGACAGCCAGCGACGGUGGGGACCCUCCACUCAGCAGCAACGUGUCACUGAGCCUGUUUGUGCUAGACCAGAAUGACAACACACCUGAGAUCCUGUACCCUGCCCUCCCCACAGAUGGAUCCACAGGUGUGGAGCUGGCACCCCGCUCCGCAGAGCCUGGCUACCUGGUGACCAAGGUGGUGGCGGUGGACAGAGACUCAGGCCAGAACGCCUGGCUGUCCUACCGCCUGCUCAAGGCCAGCGAGCCAGGGCUCUUCUCAGUGGGGCUGCACACGGGUGAGGUGCGCACUGCGCGCGCCCUGCUGGACAGAGAUGCGCUCAAGCAGAGCCUGGUGGUGGUGGUGCAGGACCACGGCCAGCCCCCACUCUCGGCCACGGUCACGCUCACCGUGGCCGUGGCCGACAGCAUCCCAGACGUCCUGGCUGACCUGGGCAGCAUCAGCACCCCCGCCGACUCUGAGGAUUCCGACCUGACCUUGUACCUGGUGGUGGCGGUGGCCGUGGUCUCCUGCGUCUUCCUGGCCUUUGUCAUCGUGCUCAUGGCGCUCAGGCUGCGGCGCUGGCACAUGUCACGCCUGCUCCAGGCUUCAGGAGGCGGGUUGGCAGAUCUCCCUGCCUCGCACUUUGUGGGCGUGGACGGGGUGCGGGCUUUCCUGCAGACCUACUCGCAUGAGGUCUCCCUCACUGCAGACUCAAGGAAGAGUCAUCUUAUCUUUCCACAACCCAAUUAUGCAGACACGCUCAUCAGCCAGGAGAGCUGUGAGAAAAGGGAUUUUCUAUCAGAACCUCAAUCUCUACUUGAAGAUAAAGGAGAGGAAACAUUUUCUCAGGUAAAUUCUCUUUAAACUCAAUAUACUCAUGAGCUAAUUUGCUAAAAUAAAAAUUCAAUAUGCUUAUCAGCUAAUUUGCUAAAAUAAAUGAAUGUAUUUGAUACUUAGUUGCCUCCAUUGUUUACCUUACCUCUCUUACUUCUCAUAUUUCCUGUGUGUAUAUUCAAUAUUGAGGGCACGACUCCUGGUGAAUUAUUUCUUGGAAGUUCUAAGUGUUUGUACCCCAUAAGGGGGAAGAAGAGCUAAGUCUUGUAAUUAGUAUAAAUUAGGAUUUUUGCCAGCUAAGAUGAUAUUUAGGUUAUCAAAAGAGCACUGUAUUUAACAACUGGAAAAUUUGGCUUCUUAUUCUUUCUUUCCCAAUUCCUGGGCAACUCAUCUCAUCUACUUGCAUCAACAAAUCUUUCUUCAAAACUUAAAGGUUGAAUUUUGUGUUUACCAACGUCUUCCUCCUUUAAAAUUUAAAGCAUUUAUGCUUUGUUUUAUGCAUUAUAUUAGACUUUGAAAC